CUCAACAGACAAGUGAGGGUUGCUGUUUCCUUGUUAGCUCCACUGGUAUAAUAUACUGAAUGCUUUGUCACAUCAGCUACCAACAAAUCACUUGAAGACAGUAUCUCUGUAUUGAUGUGCUGCUGUAUUGCACACAGCCAAUGAGAAGAAGGUUAUAAAGAAGCUGAAAACUUCCAGGUUUGCUUCUGGUUCUCAAGUAUUCACUGUCACCAUCAUGUUAAUGAAAAAGUGCAAUCACCAAGUGGGAGGUUUUGCUUUGACCACUGUAGCCUGGCUACUUUGCUGCAUAUCCACAGGCCUCCCUCAGUGGCAAGUGUGGCACUAUGAAGAUCCCGUGGUCCUCAAGCCUACAGUGGCUUUAGUGGGCAUGUGGAGAGCCUGCGUUUUCCACACUGACAGCAACUCCAGCAACACCAGAGUAUGUUACCAAUACAACUACGAUGACUCCAUUCCUUUGUAUAUUCGAGUAAACCAGCACUUGCUGCUGGUUUCUAGCUUUCUUGGUCUUUUUGGGAAAAUCACCACCAUUAUUGCUCUUUCGAAUGUGCAUAUGGGAAGAGUACGGAAGAAUGGCACCUGCAAUCCAUUCAGACUUUCAGGCAUACUGAACAUCAUUGCUAGCAGCUUUCUUUACUUUCCUAUUUUGUUCAAUUACAUAGCCAUCAUGCUCAAAUGGAGGGUUGCCUUCCCACCAUCUUUCAAUUUUCCAUUCCAGCCAGACACUCAGAAGAUGGGAAGUGCCAUGGCUUUGGCAAUUAUAUCUGCAGUUUUCUUUCUACUAAGUGGCACAAUUUGCCUUUCUUCAAAUUUAGCCAUAGGCAAGAUGCCCCGUUCCAAAAUUUAA